UAAUAUUCUGAAAAACUAUGAGAAAGCAAAUUACCCCUUCUAGGGUUUUAUGUACCCAUAGUAUACAAUUCACGCCUGUAUACUUUAUUUUUCUUAUGGUUCAAUGUAUCCAUUCUCAAUUACAUUUUUAACAUGAACGCCAUGAUAUCUUUAUGUAAGGGCGGAGCUUUGGUGUGGAAGCAAAAUACUAUAGUAGAUUAUUGGAACUAUUUUGGGGUAGAUUAACCUGGGCUAGACUUUAUACAUUCAAAAAGACACAAGGUGUAAAUACAACAUAGACGCUUCACUGGAAGAUCCUCAAAGGCUACUGACUGAACUUUGUUAGAUGCAAUGUGAUGAUGAUUUCAGAUUCAUUUAGCUGUUUAAGUUGACGUUGACGCUAUAUCAAACCAAAACACUUCUUUGCCCGCCGAAGAUAUAACAUCAGUGGGAGAUAUGCCUCAGGUCAAAGGUCAAGCUGUUUGGGACACAAACUUGAACUCGACUGGAGCUGAAGAUGACGCUCAAAUCGAUGAAUCAAACGUGAAGAUCGAGAAUAUGAAGAUAGACAAGAGAUUACGGAUACGAUUUGGUGAGAUCCAAAUGAUGAAAAUGAGAUCGCUUGCAGACAUAGAUUUCUAUAUGAAAGACAUCAAAAAGGAAGCGGAACAACUCCUUAAGAUGAAGAGAAUAAUUGAGCAAAAUCACGUAGAAAGAGCCAUUGAAUCGCGAAGACGAGCCCUGACGAGUUUAGAUCACGUUGAUAUGAUGGCUUUGAAAAUUGUCGCAGAUGACAACAGUCCAAGAUCAACUGAGAACGACGGGUUGAAUACGAGCAAUCCACAAUCAAAAGUUCGUUUUGAUGGUGCAAUUGAGGAAAGUUCAGAUUAUGAUAAAGACAAGAACGUAUAUGCUAACAAUGAAAUUAAUGCUUCCAGCGGACGUGUAAGUGCACCGCCCAACAUUUCAAAUAGGCGACAGAGUAUCAUGGCUACGCCUAUAUCAGAAAGGAGACCUAGCACUGUAUUUUACUCGGACGACAGGCGCCAAUCUACAGCGCCAUCAAAUACACAAGUAAGGCCAAAAACUGCAGCUAAUUCACAAAGAGGCGAUAAUACAAAUUCGGGAAGGCCAAAAACAGCCAUGUCAAUGAUGUCCGGUGGGGGACGCCCGUCUCGAGCAAGGUCAAGGACAAGGAUGACCUCGGGGGCUAGGUCAAGGAGAGAAUUGGGUACUAGUGAAACUGAACCUAGUACUCCGGGAAGAUCAUUUCAGGAGCUGAAAGGAUUGACAAAUGUAGACAAACUUUCUCAGAAUGAUCCGAGUAAUGCUCGGAGCCGUAUGAUGCGACAAAGGAGAAUAGAGGACGAUAGAAAGCACGGCGAACUUCAAAACAAAAUUAAGCAGUUUUAUCAAGACAUUAAAGUAUAUAAAUUAGGUUAUUGUGUUUCUAAAUUAGAAAAAUUGUGCACAGAAAAUGAGGAAAACCCAAAUGAUUCAAACGAGUGAAAUAUUAUAGGAAAUAAAAAUAAAUGUCCUUAUAAUAAAUGUUCGUUAAUGCAACUUUUUUUUUAAAAUUGGAGCCACCCUUCUCCUUAACAAAACCUAUCCUGCCGCAAGCCACUUCUUGGUCCAAGAAUAAAUUAUAAGUUUGAAAAAAUUCGAUAUACUUCCUGAAGUAAAGUGAUAAAAAGACCUGCCAACCGACAAGAAGUAGAAUUUAUUGUUGACCGUAAGAGCAUCUACAUCUAAAUAUCUUGUAUUAGACGAAUGCCACAAAUCGCAUUACAGAAGUCCGCCGUAACCAAUGACAACAAAACACGUUGCCAUGGUGAAAUGCCACAGCGUAAUUUAUCUGACAUUUUGUAUAUCAAUAAAGUCAACCAUUAACCAAUACUCUUAAUUGUAUUCAAUUUCAUAUUUGAUCAAUAAAAG